CUUCCUGGCUCCCCACCCUGUGCCCGGCCUGGCCACGUCACCGCCCGGCGGCCGGGAUCUCGAGGAACCGGUCGGCUCGGGCCUGGCCUGGGGCGCUGCGAGGCCGUGGCCGGGGACGUGGCAGCCGCCCCGCGCGCCGGAAAGUUUGCUGGAAGUUCGCUGCUGGGCGCACGCCGGACCGGCGGGCUGGACCAUGAACGUGUUCCGAAUCCUCGGUGACCUGAGCCACCUCCUGGCCAUGAUCUUGCUCCUGGGGAAGAUCUGGAGGUCCAAGAGCUGCAAGGGCAUCUCUGGGAAGAGCCAGAUCCUUUUCGCCCUUGUCUUCACCACGAGGUACCUGGACCUCUUCACCAACUUCAUUUCCGUCUACAACACAGUCAUGAAGGUGGUUUUUCUCCUCUGUGCGUAUGUCACAGUGUAUAUGAUCUAUGGGAAAUUUCGUAAAACAUUUGACAUCGAGAACGACACGUUCCGCCUGGAGUUUCUUCUGGUCCCAGUCAUCGGCCUUUCCUUCCUGGAGAAUUACAGUUUCACGCCGCUGGAGAUCCUCUGGACCUUCUCCAUCUACCUGGAAUCAGUGGCCAUCCUGCCCCAGCUCUUCAUGAUCAGUAAGACUGGAGAGGCCGAGACCAUCACUACACACUACCUGUUCUUCCUGGGGCUCUACCGGGUGCUGUACCUGGCCAACUGGAUCAGGCGCUACCAGACCGAGAACUUCUACGACCAGAUCGCGGUGGUGUCUGGGGUAGUGCAAACCAUCUUCUACUGUGACUUCUUCUACUUGUAUGUGACCAAAGUUCUUAAAGGAAAGAAGUUAAGUCUUCCAAUGCCAGUUUGAAGGCCUUCAAAGAUGGUCUAUACCUUAAAAAGGACACUGAGGGAACCAUGGGUGAACUUACCCAUGACUUACGAUCAUGGAUAAAGCCAGAAAGAUGCCUGGUAUGGGUUUCAGCAAAGAACUGGUCAUUCCACCUAGACCUCGUGAGUACAAACUUAAAUCCUCAACAGAGUUGGUGAAAAGUGGAGGCCAAGUGCACAAGUCUGGGGCUUUAAUAUCAACUGGAAAGAAAAACCUUAAAGGUGCCUCAGCCAUGAAUGGAUAAACCAUUGAUCCUUUAAAGCCCUGGUACAAGACAUGCCAAGCAACAGGAACAAUCUGGAAAGACAUCCCUGUGCGUAAGAAUGCCCCAACUGAAGAUCAACUGGAACAUUAGGGGUGUUUUUAUGCUAAUUUUCACUCCCAGGUAAACCAAACUGAGGUAGCCAGGAUAUAACAGUAUUAGCUUGUAAGAAUGAAACGUUAUUUUACUUCACACUGCUUUCAAGCCACAGCAAAACAAAUGUACUAGCUUUGGCAGAAAGUGACAUCAUUUGUGCCUCACCUUUCAAACUGGCUUGGGUCUUUACUAUGGUUCAAGUGAGACUUGUACUCUACCUUUAUCCCAGAUGCCAGCUUAGGCAGCAGCACUGCCAUUAUCACCGUUUUACUGAUGCGCUGAAAAUACCAAACAUUUACCUACCGAGUAUCCUGCCCUGUUAAAUGCUUGCACUAAAACCAACCAUCCCACUUCCUUUCAGUUUUAGGUGCUAAUAAGGUUAUUAGUCCAUCUAAUACCCAACUUUUGUCUUGAAACAAAAGUUUUGAGCAAUAAAAAAUUCACACCUUAUUGUCAACAGUAUUUUUAUUUAUACCUACAAAAGAAAACAAGAUGGUAUCAAAAGGACAAUUUACAAACUAAGAAUAGUAACAUAGCUCUUAGCAUCCUGUGCCUGAACAUCACACAUCUACAAAUCUUUCAAGUCUUAAUGCAACAGGAAUGUGUUUAGAGACCAGCAAGGAUAUGAGUAGAGAGCACUGAUCCCAAGCAAAAGCCACCAACCUUUUAGACGAAAGAAGUCCGCACAAUGAAUUGCAAGGGAGGGACUGGGGAGAAGCAGCCCAUAGCUUAAUACUGAAACCCUCUGCCCAAGUAAGUUUCAACCACGAAUGGCAUCAAGACUUGUCUGCUCAUGUUCUGAAGAGCAGAACCUGAAUUACGACAUGGACGUGGAAGUUACCUUAGAGUGAACAGGAAAAACUGCUAGAUUUUCAGCUGUGCUCAGACCACAGAAGCCCUGGAAAUUUGGAAUUUGCUGUUAUUUUGUUAAUUACAAUGUCCCUGAAGGAAAGGGGAAGCAAGCACUCCAGAUGCUGCUUGCACACCGAGACCUUGCCCUGAAAUAUUUGUAGGAGCUGCAUUGAGGAGGACAUCUCCUGUAGUAGAAUCUCUAGGUUUAAAGAAAAAUAUAUCAGAAAUUGGUUGUAGAAAGAAAUGUCCACAACAGACUUGUCAGUACCUAAGAGACACUUUUUUUGGAGGCGGUGGGGUGGGUAGUGGUGGCAGCUAUAGUACUUUGGUUUAAAAUUUGAAAGCAGAGAGCAGUUUUGCCACAUUUCUUCUAUUCCUACCAUCCUCCCUUGGCCUCCACCUCUUUAAGAUGGGGGAACAAAAGGAAAGGAAAAAGGAGGUGAAAAACAAGAAAGGAUGUCAAAGGCUUUAACAUGCAUACAUUUCAGCUUAUGCUGAUAACCUACCUGUAUGUUGCACACUGAAUCAUACUGUCAGAACCCCUCAGAAACCAUCCCUUCUCUCUCCCUGAAGGAUUUUAAAGGGAAAACAAAAACAAAAGCAAAAAAUCUGAAGUAUUUCAAUACUUAGACCUUAUAAACUAGCAAGCACUCUCAGGCCACGAAGAACACAGUAGAGCAUCCUCCCUUAAUUCCACUGUGUGCAAACAAUACCAGUACCAGAAUAAAAACAAUCCCAUCACACUGGAUCUCCAAAAGGGUUCUGGGACUGUCUGAUUGCCCUUCCUGUUUACAGUGAACCAAGAGCAGAAAAUCUUUUCUAGGUUCACCUGCUAUUAAGUCUCAGCAAAGCAGUACUACUAAGGGGAUGAAUUCACCUACCUUCAUUCAGAGGAAAUUCAAAAAACAAAACCAAAAACAAACGAAACAAACUUAAGACUCUCAUCCUCCAGACAUUUCCUAAGCACUACCUACCUGUGAAGAGCUAAGUGCAGAAGGAUGCAGGGGACAUUAUGCACCCAGAGGGCUGUUACACAGCACUGCAGAGGAUAAAAGGAAGAGACUGGAGGGGUUUAGUUUUUGCUCAAGAAAACUUGGCCACAGGGGUAGAGAGGCUGGCAAAGAGCUGCUUACUCUACCACUAUAAAUACUGAGCUUCAAAAUCUGGCCAUUUUGAGUAUACUAUAAAUAAAGAAGCUUCUUACACUGCUGGCGAAUGCAGACUCAACUGUUUAAUAAAGUAAAUUUCCAGUGAGCAUUUAUGUUCAUUUGCUCACAGCAGCUGUCUGGCUAGAUAAUCAAUUUCACAGAUGGUCCCUGGUUAUAUGGGCAAGAAACACAGGUAGCUUUUACCCAGAUGCUGAGAUGCUACAGUUUAGCCAGCGUGAGAAAUGCUUGCAGUUAACUUAAAAGAUAUAGGUAGACUCAGCAAUUCAAUUUCUAAACUGACACUAAACUGGCUAUUUUUCCAGUAACUGGGAUAGGAGCAAGGGGAGGCAGAGUGUAAGGGACACAAAACCAACUAGGAAAUUUUAACUUCAAAUGCACUUCAGCCAUCAUGAGCCAAAAUGACAAGAGCAAAGCACUGUCUUAAAAACUGAGGAGCCGGGCCCCACUGGAGAAAUGUUAAAAACCACCACAGAAAAUGUGCAAGGAAACCCCUCUUGGUUUUCUAACCCAGGGAUGAGAGCAUUUACAGCAGAUGCCAUUUUCUUCUGCAGAACAAUUCAGACCCCCCUUCCCUCCCCACCAACUCGGGACAAGGAAAAACUGGCUCCCACAAAAGGAAAAACUGGCUCCUAAUACCUUUUUCUUUUAAAAUGAAAAAUAGCUCAAAUAUCCUCAACAUGCAAAGUUGGGGGAAGAAAUUAAUCUCUUCCAGUCGGUUAUAUACUUUUUACAAAAUCUGUUAUUACAGACUGGACCAUUUUGGCAGGCAGAAGAAACCUGACAGUGAAUUCUAACUAAUCUGCAUGAAAGGGCAAAUCACAAUGGUUGGGAGA